AUGCAGCGUGCCGGGGAGGAAACCGCCGGACAUGGCCACUGCCGGGCCAACCUCCCUGCCAGAGGCCCGGAUCCCCAGCCGGCCCCCAGACCCACGGGGGGCUCGGGCCCCAUGGGCGGCCAUGGGGACGGGUACCAGCCCAGCCCCAGUCUUAGUCCCAGCCCCAGUCCCAAUCCCAGUCCCAGUCCCAGCGCCAGUCCCAGCCCCAGUCCAAGUCCCAGUGCCAGUGCCAGUGCCAGUGCC